CUCAGCUGAUCCUCUCUCCCACCGCCAGUCCACCGAGAUAACUUGUACACAACCCUGCUCUCGCCCCUCCCCUUUCCCCCGUCCCCGAUCGGAGAGCCACGACGAAUGAAUCAGCGCGCCCCAGCAGCGGGCUGACUCGGAUAUUGGAACUCUGUCGAGCCUGUUGGAAAAGCUGGCAGCAGCGUUGGAAAAACGCAGCGCCGACCGCCGUGCUCGCCAUAUAGUCGCUGCUGCCUGUUUUCCAACAACCCACACACGACCGCUAUCGAUAAGCCUGUUGGAAAACACCACCCCAUAUCGUUGGAAAAGAACGAUGGCGAGAAGAGAUAACAAGGCCUAUGCCGACGCCGUCGUCGGCUCCGCUGCUGAGCUCGAGAAGGGCGGCAGCGGCGGCGACGGCGUCGUGCACGACGCCGUUUGGGGCGAGCAGGGCGGCAGCGGCCCAAACUAUCGCGCAGUCUCCGCCUUCUCAGCCUUCGUGCUCAUCACCAAGGCCGACAUCGGGCUCGGGGUGCUCACCCUCCCCGUCGUGUUCCAAGUGCUCGGCAUCAUCCCGGGCGUGCUCAUCAUCCUCGCCGUCAUGGCCAUCGUGGCGUACUGCGCCGCCGCGAUCGGGCCCUUCAAGCUCCGCCAUCCAGAAUGCUAUACGCUUACUGAGGCGGGGCGGAUCGUCGGCGGGCGCUGGGCGGGCGAGUACUUCUUCCUCAUGUACAUGCUGGACAUGAUCUUCACGGUUGCCGGCGCGCUCAUCUCCCUAUCCACCGCGCUCAACGCCCUCUCGACCCACGGCGCCUGCACGGCCAUCUUCGUAGCCGUCAUCGCCGCUUUCGGUUUCCUGUGCUGCUCGGUGCGCACGCUCAACCACGUCGCGCCAAUCGGGUGGGUCGGGCUGUUCUGCCUCGUGACGAGCGUCAUCGUGCUCGCCGUCUCUGUUGGCGUGCAAGACCGGCCCGCCGACGCGCCGCCCACCGGCGACUGGGGCCGCGAGGUCAAGCUCUUCGGCAACCCCACUUUCGCCGAGGCCAUGGCCGCCGUCAACCAGAUUGUGUUUGCCGGCUCGGCGACGUCGACCUUCUUCGGCAUCGUGAGCGAGAUGCGCGAGCCGAAGAAGUACACGCGCGCCAUGCUCUCGUCAAUGGCGUUCCUCACCGGCGUGUAUGUCGCCAUCGGCACAGUCGUGUACUACUACUGCGGGCAGUACGUGUCCUCGCCAGCGCUCGGAUCCGCCGGCCCGCUCAUGAAGAAGGUGUGCUACGGCAUCGCGAUCCCCGGCCUGCUCGCCAGCCUGACGCUGUACGGCCACCUGGCGGGCAAGGCGCUCUUCGUGCGCAUCCUCGGAGGGUCGCGCCACUUGACCUCGAGCACGCCGGUGCACUGGGCCACCUGGCUCGGCCUGCAGGCCGGGUGCAUGCUCGUCGCGUACGUUAUCGCCGAGGCGAUCCCCAACUUCUCGAGCGUCAUCUCGCUCGUCGGCUCCAUCGUCAAGCCGAGCGUCAGCAUCAUCCCAUACACCUUCAUGUGGUGGCACGACAACUUCCGCUUCGUGCCCCCUGCUGAGCGGACUUCGCGCCUCAGGUGGACUGCGGCGCUCAACGUCUUCUUGUUCCUCGUCGGCGCGUUCAUCAUGGUCGCGGGCACGUACGGCUCAGUCAAGGACCUCAUCAAGACGUCGGCGACCACCGGCCCUUGGUCGUGCAAGGACAACUCGAACUCUGUGCAUGAGUAGAGAGUGGGAUGUUGGAGUGAUACGGCCGACGGCGAACUAUGUAGCAAUAUACUGUGACUUAUGUAUUCCAGCGUUCUGCCCUG